AUGGACCCCGACACAGCCACCAGUUGGAGGGCCGGCUUAGUUCAGUUUGACGGGCCGCUUGAAGUUUUUGGACAGCCCAGCACUGACCAUCGUGGUCUGGUCUUGUUGUUCUUCCCAUUCACUGUCCGCAUCACCACCCCCACUGCCAUAUCCCCAUCACCAUCGCCACCUGGCAUCUGUUGGCCGGCCGUGCCUUGUCGCCCGGGCAUAUUCACUGGCCGUCCCACCAUUCACCGGCACUCCCUUCCCGCCCGGCCCUUUCCGUUGGAGUCGCCUUUCCACUCAGCCUCCAACACCAGACCAUCAACACUCAACACUCGCAACGACUACAGCAAUAGAUACGAUGCCGUAAAAGUGCCUCACGCCCGGCUGUACCAGCCCUCCCUGGAAGGAAAAGGCCUACUACUGCGUCAACCAUUUGCGCUAGACAGUCAUCCCGCUGGUAACUGGUCUAGCUCGGAACAUCAUGCGCACACUGGUAAAGGCUUGGUCCAGUUCUGUCAUGGCGCCCCGGGUUUGGUUGUAUCGCUGAUUUCGUUGCGCGAACACUUCCCUGCGCUUCAGGAGAAGAUUGUUCCAGGAAGGAAGUUGGUUGGCCUGAGUGGAAGAGAAAUCUACCUCUAUAACUCCCUCGACUUGAAUUGUCUCCCAGGAGUCCAGGGCGGCCCUUGA